AUGUCGAAAGAGAAGCCUCACAUCAACCUGGUGAUCAUCGGCCACGUGGACAGCGGAAAGUCCACCACCACUGGCCACCUGGUCUACAAAUGCGGCGGCGUGGACCAGAGGAAGUUGGAGAAAUUUGAGAAGGCCGCAGCGCAGGUGGGAAAGAGUUCGUUCAAGUUCGCGUGGGUUCUGGACAAGCUGAAGGCCGAGCGGGAGCGCGGCAUCACCAUCGACAUCUCGCUGCUCAAGUUCAACACGCAGAAGUAUUCCAUGACUAUCAUCGACGCGCCGGGACAUAGGGAUUUCAUCAAGAACAUGAUUACUGGAACCUCACAGGCUGAUGUUGCCUUGCUGGUGGUGUCUGCGGCCAAGGGAGAGUUCGAGGCGGGCGUGUCCCGUAGCGGUCAGACGCGCGAGCACGCCCUGCUGGCCUACACCCUGGGCGUCAAGCAGAUGAUCGUGUGCGUCAACAAAAUGGACACCACCGAGCCUCCUUACAGCCAGAAGCGCUUCGACGAGGUGGUGCGGGCGGUCGCCGGCUUCCUCAAGAAAAUCGGCUAUGACCCCAACACCAUCCCCUUCGUGCCCAUCUCCGGAUGGACCGGGGAGAACAUGAUCGUCGCCACCAAUAAGAUGCCGUGGUUCCAGGGAUGGAAAGUGCGGCGGCGUGAAGGCAACGCCAAAGGAAGAACUUUGCUGGAGGUGCUGGACUCGGUUCAGCCGCCUGUACGCACCAUCAAUAAACCGUUACGAUUACCACUGCAAGAUGUCUACAAGAUAGGAGGCGUGGGGACUGUUCCCGUGGGCAAAAUCGAGACCGGCGUCCUGAAGGCGGGCAUGACUCUCACAUUCUCUCCCGCCAAAGUGACUGCAGAAGUCAAAUCCAUCGAGAUGCACCACGAGGGCCUCGACACGGCUCUGCCGGGCCACAACGUGGGCUUCAACAUCAAGAACGUGUCUGUCAAGAACCUGAGGCGCGGCGACGUGGCUGGCGACGCCCAGCAGGACCCGCCCUCUGACGUCAGCAGCUUCGAGGCGCAGGUCAUCGUCCUCAACCACCCGGGUCGAAUCAAAGAAGGGUAUUCUCCGGUUCUGGACUGCCACACGGCGCACGUCACCUGCCGUUUCGCCGAGCUCAAGGAGAAGCUGGACAGGCGUACCGGCAACAAGCUGGAGGAGCGCCCCCUGCAGUUGAUGUCGGGAGAUGCCGCCACUGUUAAACUGGUGCCAGUCAAGCCGAUGUGCGUGGAGAGCUUCUUCAAAUAUCCGCCGCUAGGUCGCUUUGCUGCCAGAGACUUGAAGCAAACAGUUGCCGUUGGAGUCAUCAAGUCGGUGGAGAAGGACAAAGGAUCCAAAUCCAAAGUGGCCAAAUAA